UCCCUCUUCCACUUCCUCCCUCCCUCCAACCUGCCGCUCACUGCAGCACAAGGGCCGAGACUCGGAUCUGCCCAUCUCUCCCCGCUGUUUGCCUUGGCCUGACUUCCCUUUGCUCCAGGUGCCAACCUCUGCCACGGGUCCAGAGACAUGCAAGCCAUCAAGUGUGUGGUGGUGGGAGACGGAGCUGUUGGCAAAACCUGUCUCCUCAUCAGCUACACCACCAAUGCCUUCCCAGGAGAAUACAUUCCCACUGUGUUUGAUAACUAUUCCGCCAACGUGAUGGUUGACAGCAAGCCUGUAAAUCUGGGGCUAUGGGAUACUGCUGGACAAGAGGAUUAUGACAGGCUGAGGCCACUCUCUUACCCGCAGACGGAUGUCUUCCUGAUCUGCUUCUCUCUUGUCAGCCCAGCAUCUUAUGAAAACGUUCGUGCUAAGUGGUUCCCAGAAGUACGGCAUCACUGCCCUAACACUCCCAUAAUCCUUGUGGGCACAAAGCUGGAUCUUCGUGAUGAUAAGGACACCAUUGAGAAGCUGAAGGAGAAGAAGCUAUCUCCAAUUACAUAUCCUCAAGGCCUUGCUCUGGCCAAGGAGAUCGACUCUGUGAAGUACCUUGAAUGCUCAGCUUUGACACAGCGCGGCCUCAAGACAGUGUUUGAUGAGGCCAUCCGAGCAGUCCUCUGCCCACAGCCCACCCGGACAAAGAAACAUGCAUGCAGCCUCCUCUGAGAGAAUCCCAUCCCCAUCUUGAUCCCAGGCUCUGCCCAGCACACAGCAAAGCAAUGGUUCCAGCAUCCCAGUACCAUCAGUACCUUGUGGCGGUCACUGCGCUUUUUACUUCUGCUGGCUUGAAAGACUUUUGUGGGUCUGGCAGCACUGAUCUGCCCAUUUGCACAACUUCCCCACACUCAGCCCUUCCUCACCAGCCCCUUGAGCUUACAACAUAGUGAGUAAGUCCCAAUAAACAGACUGUACAUUCUU